GACGAGAUGUGCAACGUACUUGUAAAUAGAGCUUGUACACCAAUAUCGACGGUCCUUCUUCGCUUCUGUUCUUAUCAUUUGACACUUCGUUAGUUAAUCCUGUCAAUCACUGUUUUUGUUGAAAAUGAAUGCAGUGAUAGCCCUCUGUCACUUCUGUGAGAUUCACGGCCCUCGAGUCCUCUUCUGCACACAAGCCCACCACGCUGCGGAACCUCAGCAUGUCUUAGACAGCAAGGGAGAGGAGUACCCCUCAACUUUUGGACAUCACUUCCACAAACGCCCUCGUUCAUCCACAAACGAGUCUUUGUCUUCCGUAAGCAGUGAUCUCACAACAUGCUCAUCAGCGUCCUCUACAGAGCACUGUGAGGCAUGUAGAUCUUUCCAGCCAGGUCAGCCAGGGUUCAUCAGUAACGACCAUGAAGCCAAGAUCAGUUACAUCAGCUCACAGAAUCCUGAGCAUCCAGAGUUAUUUACCAUCAUACGGCAAGCGUGCAUCAGGAGUCUCAGCUGUGAGAAUUGCCAGGGUAGGGAAGGACCGAUAUUCUUCGGUGAAGAUUACUACGGCUACACCCUAAGCUACAUGUUCAUCAUCAAAGACACCCAAGCCAGGGGACUUCAGAGGGGAUACAGUAUCAUUGUGGUCAUGAUGGACAAGAUUUACCUGCUCAACUCCUGGCCGUUCCUCGUCAAACACAUGAAGUCGCUCAUCGAUGAACUCAAGUCAAAAUCCAAUAAGGUGUAUGAGCAAGAGCAGACGCAGAGGAACCAGCGUGCAGAGCGUCUCCACAGAGAGUUCCUCUCCCCGGGGGACUUCUACCGGGGCGGGGUCAACAAGCCCUUCAGGGCGCUGGUGGUCUUGACCGGUGAUGCCAAUCUCUUCAAGUACCUUCACAUGAGGUUCUCCUGGAUCUUGAAGGCUGGAGGCAACAGGAUAACAGAGAAGGUCCUGGAGGGACCUCCCUUAGAGGAAGCAGUUGAUCUUGAUGAUGAGGAAGUUACUGAGGAAGGGUUCAUCAAGGUUUCGACCAAGCCAGCUGUACCAUCAUCUCCUGAAAACCCCAGCCAGUCAGAAGGACACCAGUCAGAGGAUGAGCUGGAAGGGGACGAGGGACCGGUCUUCUCCUCACUUCAGCAUCUCAGAGCUGUUCUGGGUAGUCUUAACUUCCAUGAUGUUGCAUACAACGUUCUGAUCGGAAACCAACUCAUCGCCAGGGCUGACUGCAAGAGCACCCUCAAAUCCCUCUUCAAAGUUCUCAAGGUGAUCCUUCCGGCUGGGUGCUGCCGCAUCAUCAGCCACAGUCCCACCUAUCAGGCUUCGUGGAAGUGCAACUUCCUGGGCCUGAGCACCGGCACCGAGCUCCCUGAACACCUGAUCACCUCGGAGGUGUACCUUCUCCUGGACGUGAUCAGUCCAGUCAACCUCAAACAGGACUCCAACAGGGUGGUGUCCAGGACGGCUGGACCCUUCAAGGGACACGGCAUCUCCAUCACCAGCAGCUCAGUCGUUCCCGAUAAAGUGCCUACGAUCCUAUCAAGAAUAGUGACGACACUGAACAACAGUGACCUGACCCCUGAGAUUGUGGUGACUGUCCUCACUACACUCAAGGAGGAAUGGAUGAAUAAAGUCAAGCUGCUAUUCAAGUUCACAAGAGCAGGAUCCCACACUGACGAAGACACGGAGAAGCUACUGAAGAUCCUUCAAGCAAAGGUCGAGGACAAACCCCUCUUAAGAUUCUGGAUCACUGCACUCAGCUCACAGUACAGGUCACAUCUACUCACUUCAAUAAUGGGAACAACGUGAAUGUGGGCAGAUGGGACUGCAGAUUGCGCGGAUGCUUGCCAUAGAAAUGAAAUUGAGUUAUGGUGGAGGGGGAGGGGGAGGAGGGUAGUUGAACUUUAAAAUCCUGAACAAGGUCUAUAAAAAGAAUUUAUAGGCUAGGAAACUUUUUUCUUUAAAAAACAAUUAAUAUCCCAUUAAAUUAUUUUUCUGAAUUACGAAAAACAAUGAGUCUUAAAAUGUAACAACUUUUGGAGGCAAUGUAUUGGUAAGAAAAUAAAAGGGUGGAAUCAACAUGUUUGAAGCGCUAUGAUGAUCUCCUCAUUGUGUGAGAGACAAUGCCAACACUUGAUCAUGUAAACUAUGAUUUAAAACAUAUUGCAUAUUAAUUACAGUAUUAAUUCGCUUAGGCUUCAUAUUCAUUGUAAUCUCUCAUCAAAUGUGAAGAGAGAACCAGCAACAACAUAUUAUUACUCUGCUUCAAUCGUGAUAUUGUAAGUAAAGAGUUUUACAAUUUAUGAUGCCAUUAUUCAGCCAUGGCCCCUUAAUGUCUGGCACAUUUUAAUGUUUAUCUCAAAGUCAGGUUACGAAAUGUCAAUCUUUGUGUCUGGGAAAGCCAAGGUAGAAAUCAGACAGAAAUGGAGAUUUAAUUUUUGAAUACGGGUGAGCAGGCUUAAAUCUGAAGAAAAAAAAGUUAUGUAGCAUCUUGAUUCAAAACUUGUUUGAGAAAGAAUUGAAUUCAUGUACUUACUACCGUACAUACUUCAAUUUUGACUGAAAAGCUAUUAUCCUAUCAAAUUUAAUCCUUCCAAUCUACGGCAAAUGUUCCCCCAAAAGUGGGAUAUGAGCUGUGAAGAUAAACAGCAUUUUCUGCUUUUUUCCCAUUUGUUGCCAUCAAGUGGGCAGUCUUAAUUAUCACUUUUUUUCCCAAUGAUUUCAAGCAAAGGUCCACACAUAACAGUUAAGAUUGAAUCAGGUAGAUUGUGUUCAGCAUUUUUGUUAUUUAUCAUAGUUUACCCUGAACUUUUAUUUUAUAGAUUAAACAGGCCUGCUGGUCGGGUUUGAAAUAUAGAUCUCAAGUUUUGAACUUGAAAAAAAAAAAACACAGAGAAAGCUGUGCAAUAUCUUAAAGAGUACUGUAUAUUAUUUGUAUUUUUGUAAUUAACAAGCCUCAUUACACAGACUAGAGAAUAGACUUGAUGUUUUCUAAGUUAAGUAUAGAGAAAACAUGUAAAAUAUAAAUAGACAGUAAGAUUAUAUAUAAUAAUAAUAAUAAUAGUAGCAUUUAUAAAGGGCUUAAUACUGAUAAGGGGCUCUGGCAUUCAAGGAAUUUCUUACUACCUGGUACCCGCUUACCUCACCUUGGUUUGAGAGUGGCAAAUGCAAAUUAAUAUCUUGCCAAAGGACAUUAGUGUUCCGGUGGGACUCGAACCGUGAACCGUGUCCACUGUGAUCCACAGUCCAGUAACGUAUCAACUAGACCACGACACCUCUUCAUCUCAUGACAGUAAAUUUAUAUGGUUUUUAAUAAAAGAGCCAUUGGUAUGUUUUUGAUAAGAAGUUAAUUUUUCUUUUUUCAAGUUCUCCAUUAUGGCAGAUACAAACGUCUUAAUCAGAUGUGUGACCAUGCAGCUAAUGUGACAGUAUUGUAUGCUACAGAUAUUUGAUUUAAAUGUAUACAUGCUUUAAACAGAAUCAUUUUAUAACAGUCA